GAGCCCUCGAAUGUACCACGCGUAACUUCAUUCACACAACUUCAGUAAAAGUUUAGUUUGGGCAGCAAAACUUGAAUCAAGCUGUUAAAAUUCAUUUUAUUUUUCUUUUCGAACUGCCGGAUGUCUAUUUGAACAUACGUGUUUGUGAUUGUUAUACUGCAUGUAUUACUGUGAGGGAAAACAUCAACAUCAGCGCCAAAAGUGGGAAUGCUCAGUGGGAGUGAAGAUUGUAUGGAUUCAGCUAGCUUGGGAUGCUAACUAGCCUGAAUGCAGGCAGCUCUUUCUUCAGUGGGCCAGGCUCUCAUUCUUGUCCGUACUUCACCCUGGCCAGGCUUCUAUCAGCACGCACACUCUGAGGGGACUGUUACCACUUUGAAGUUCAGCGAUUCUUCCAAAAGCUCAGACAGUCCGACAUCGCAUACGAAGGACGUGAGCACGCACACGAGAGCCAUGAAGCUCAAGCACCAGGCGCUCCAAGACCGACUCGAACUCUGCCUCCUGGAGCUGAAGAAACUCUGCAUUCGUGAAGCGGAGCUGACAGGCCGACUCUCAGGAGAUUAUCCUCUGCUACCAGGAGAGAAGCUUCCACAGGUCCGCAGACGCAUCGGAGCUGCUUUCAAACUCGAUGAGCAAAGCAUCCCUCGGGGAGUGGAGGAGUCGGCCCUAAAUCUUGUGGAUGCCGAGUUGGCGCUUCAGUUUAAGAUCUACGAGGCGGCACGCAAGCUUUGCGAGGAGAACCACCUGAGUAAGGCUGUUCGAAAGAGUCGAUUGCAGCAGUGCCGGCGAGAGGAGAAGAAAGUCAAACAGCUACAAGAGACUGCUUUCCAGCUGCGGCUGGAGCAUGGCCGAUCUUCGCCACUUCCCGCUUUCAAUAUCCCACUACGUGAUCUGGCUGCGUCAGAUGACAGCUCUUUGUCUGAUUCUAUGGUUCAAGAUGAAGGAGAGAUGGACUCUUCACAGCCACCCACCGCAUCCCACACUGACGGUUCCUUCCAGUCACCAUCCGUGCGUCCUCAGAACCUGCCUUUAACACCAAGAUCGUCUCCUCAUCCCAGUCUUGACUCUUCCAUGAGUUUUACCUCAAGCCCAGCUUCAUAUGACUUGCCUCCUAUCCAGCACUCCCCGUGGUCAGAGACCAGCCUCGACCAGCCAUAUCAGAAGAGCAAGAAGUCACGUUCCUCCUGCAAAGCCAGUCCAGUCAAGAAUGAGCUGCUACCGCCACUGGAGGCUUGCUUGGCAAUUUCGGCUCUGCCACAGCAACUCUCCCAUUUGAAACUGAGCCGUUCACAGUCAAAUAGUAUGCCUUCCACGCCAGAGACACACAUGCACAGGCAGCUCUCUCUCAGGACGUCUAACCCUGAAUCUUCACCCAGACAAGACAAGGACCGUGGUCGCACCAGAGGUCCAAGGAGGCGCCUGACAGACUACAACAAAGCCCCAUCAGGAGGACCUUCGCUCACAUUUAGCCCCAGAAACCAAGCAGGCUCUGAGGAUAGCAACUCCGAGCACUCGUUUGCAUCCUACUGCAGCUCCCCCAGCCAGGAGCUGCCUUGUGAUUUGACGAAACACUGUCUGGCUCCCUCUCCGCUUUCUGCUCCAUUUGUUAGCUACGGACCCCAAAAUUCCCCAAUUGCUGGGUUUUACCACAGUCCCAGAAACCAGUCCAAAGCAGAUGUCCACGAAGCCUAUUACAAUGAGGAAGUGGUCUACUCUCCGUAUGUGGAUAUGCCGUGGAGCUAUUACACCCAUCAGUCUUCAUGCCCCCCCAACAGAUAUGAGUACCGCUACAAAGAGGCCCCUAUGCCCCUACAGAGAGCACUGAGGCAUUUGGCACCUGAUAGCAGACUCUCCCCCUCCUUAGCGCAAUGGGAUCAUCCGCAGUAUCGCUCCAACUGCCUCCCACGGCAAGUAGUAAACGAACAGCUGAAAUCGUGGCAUCGACGCAGUCAGCUCAAAGGACCCAGGUCGCGUUCCCUUGACAGACAGGGAGCGGUCCGGGUGAAAAACAUGGCAGCUCUGGAGGCAAUACGAUAUCAAAAUCAGAAGUACCAGGAGCAGGCCCCCCAAAGAAGAGCUGCUCAAUUGUCUACUGAUGACUCUCAAGGACACCGGGUUGUAGACGAUUCCACUCACUAUAUAAGUCAAGUGUGACACCGUGAGAUCAAAUGAGUUUGGACUAAGUGAGAGAAACCUUCAGCCAAUUUCAUGUGAACUUGUUAGACAUAUCAACAGUUGAAUAAACAAAUUUCACCUGUAUGGGUGAAAGGUUAUAAUGUUGUGAUGUUUCGUGAUAAAGGACACAAAUGUGGAACAUUGACAUGAAUGAAUACGAAUGAUGAACCGACGGGCCAAAUACCCUUCAGCCAUUAUGUGUCUCUAACUUAACACCAUGUGGAACAGUUAUGAAUUGUUGGAGUCUAUUCCAAGUAAUUGUAUGAAAAAUAUGAGCCACCGUUGUAAGAUAAUACAAAUGAAUAAUGUGCCCUGAUGUAUAUGUAGAAUAUUGUUUUCUGUUUGCUGCAUCAAUCACCAUGCCCAUUUUGCCACUUAAUCAUUUAUCUUAAAUUGUCAAAAUAAUCUUGUUUCCCAGCUAUUUCUUGCUUCUGUGCCAUUUAAUGUUAAAUACUGAUCUGCCUAUGACUUAACUAGUUGAAACUAUGCUACUGCUCUGUUAUAGACGGCGGUACCUGAGGUUCAAAGUAAAAUGGUAGUAAAAGUCUUAAUGCGUGGCAGCUAUUUUCUGUACAUGUCAAAUGAAAAAUAUGUGCGAUUGCAGAUUACUGCAGACCAAACUUUAAUUUGCUCCAGAACUGCUCAACAUUUCUGUGCCGUCCGUGUGAAAUAUUGCAUAUGUAUCACAAAGUAGAAGCAUGUAUAUUUUAACUCAACUCACUCACAGCUCUUCACUGUUAUGUAUUUAUCAGUUAUUUAUUCACCCUUGUGAAAUCACCUGAAGUCAGACUUGAAAUCAGUGAAGCUGCAGUGUGAGUUUAAGAAUGGCUGAUGCAGUAAAUGUGUAUAAAAGAGACUACGAUCAUG